GUUGAUUUGUGGAUGCACACCCCCCUCCUCCAUUCCAAGUUAUGAACUCCUAGCACCACCUUAGUCUGGUGUCCGGAGUAAAGGUAUGGAGUGAGAUGUCUUGGAAGGUUGUCAUGACUGAUCUGACGCCGGUUUCCAGUCAAGCUCCCGCCGCUUGGCUUUUCUUGAAAACCUUAUGGUUCUACUUAGGAAACUUGGAAACCCUUCUUUACCUCCCUUUCUUCUUUCAUUGAUCAUUGACUUUGCCAACAAUCGUUUCUUCGCUUUGAAGAUUCUCGCCGGGUAACUCUCUCGCUUUGUUGCCCUUUUAUAACCUUUUGUUAUUUUAAUACUAGUUACCACGUCUUUCGUUGUUGAUAUUUUUCUGCCACAUCCGUCACUGCUAGACCGACCACAUACUCGCGCCGACCAAUUUCGUACAUUUUAACCUGUAUCAUUGGAGGCUCUUCCAAUUUCAUCAUGAAGUCCUUCGCCCUCAUUUCCACCUUGGCGGUGGCCACCAUCGCCAAUGCUGGCCCCACUCCCACUGAGAACGAGCUCCCAAAGCGAGCUGAUACACUACCCACAGUCACGGCCUCCGGAAAUGCUUUCUGGACCGGCAGUGACCGCUUCUACCUCCGCGGAAUUGACUACCAACCCGGUGGCUCGUCUGGUGAUUCUGACCCCCUUGCCGACACGACAAUCUGCAAGCGUGAUAUCGCCAAGUUCAAGGAGCUUGGUGUGAACACAAUUCGAGUGUACAUGGUGGACAACUCCAAGACCCACGAUGACUGUAUGAAGGAGCUUGCCAAUGCUGGCAUCUACCUCGUGUUGGAUGUCAACAACCCCAAAUACUCUAUCAACCGUUACGCUCCCUCUCCGUCUUACAACGACGUCUAUCUACAGAGUGUCUUCGCCACUGUCGAGGAAUUCGCUGGAUACACCAACACUCUGGCUUUCUUCUCUGGAAACGAGGUUAUCAACGAGCAAGCAAACUCGACCCUGGCCGCUCCUUACGUCAAGGCUGUCACCCGAGACAUCAAGCAGUACAUGUCCGGCCGCAAGCUUCGUGCGGUUCCUGUCGGUUAUUCAGCAGCUGAUGUCGCCAGCAACCGUCAAGAGACUGCUGACUACUUCAACUGCGGAUCCGACGAUGCUCGAAGUGACUUCUUCGCCUUCAACGACUACUCAUGGUGCUCUCCUUCAAGCUUUCAAACAUCCGGCUGGGACCAGAAGGUCAAGAACUUCACUGAUUACGGUCUGCCCAUCUUCCUGUCCGAGUGGGGUUGUAUUGCAAACCCGCCCCGAACCUUCGAAGAGCUGGGCUCCUUGAUGAGCGACGACAUGAGUGCUGUCUACUCUGGUGGUCUCGUCUACGAGUACAGCAGUGAGGGCAACGGUUAUGGAGUUGUCAAAGUUAGUGGCUCCGACGCAACCGUUACCGAGGGGGAUGACUUUGGUAACCUCAAGUCUGCUCUUUCCAAGUACCCGGCUCCCACUGGCAGCGGCGGCGCUGUAUCAACCACCCACUCGGUCACCUGCCCCACUGCUGGUGCUGAUUGGCAGGUCGAGGAUGACUCUCUCCCAGCCAUCCCGGAGAAGGCCAAGGACGUAAGUACUCUUACCGAAUCUGAUGAUGAUUUGUUCAAAACUGACGUUAUUUCUUCUAGUACAUGACGAGCGGCGCUGGCGCCGGUCCUGGCUGGAAGGGUGAUGGCUCGCAGAACGCUGGUGAGACUUCCACUGGUACCGCAUCCGCCGGUUCUGGUUCCGUCUCUGCCACCUCAUCCGGCAAGAGUGAGGGUGGACGCCCGGCACCUCCCAUGGAUAUGAGCUUCUUCGCCGUCACUGCCGUCGUCGGUGCUUUCACCCUUGCCGGCACUCUGCUUUUGUAAACAAAUAAUCACGAAAGACGGCGUUUAGGCAUGAUUCAUUUGCGGGUCAAUAUGGCCCAGAAACUACUGGGAACUAGAUUUUCUUUCCAAUCUGUGUAUAAGUGACAUGUGUAAAGACAUACCAUUCUGAGGCAAGACAGCCGUACAACAGAUGGUAUGGUGGCAUACAUAAUGAGGAGCACCGAGGAUGUACUUAUUUUGUUACUAUAUGAGAUAUAUUUUACUACAAAAAACAACAAUUGACAAGCUUGAAAAA